AUGAAUACAACACACGCAGAGGUGUCGGAGGGCUUCGAUGUUGAAGCAAGCGUAGGGCAGGGCCUCCGUCCAUCAGAGCCAUGUGUCAGUGGCCAGGACUUGGAGGAUGAUGAACGCAGCGACGAAGGUACGUACUGGGCAGAUCGGGCAGAGCAGCAGGCAGAGGGUGCGGAUGAAGAUGAGGGAUGGGAUGGCGAGGAUGACUGGGAGGAUGUGGAGGAUGAUCUGCGGCGGCAGGUUGACGAGUUCGCAGAGGACGAGAGCAAUAUUGACGAAGACGCACCGAGCGACAAAGCCGAGACUGGCCAGAAGACCAAGAAGCCCGGGUACCAGUUCUGUCCACCUGCGCAUCGACUGUCCAUCCUGCGGCUCUUUGCGAAGCAUGCAUCGCAGCACUCACUCCUUCCCGAGCGGCAUGGCGAGAAGCGAACAAAGGAUGAUAUCCGCCGUGAUGCCGUCGAGGAGAUGUACCGGCAUUGCGAAGUCAAUCAUCUCUGCGAGGUGUGGGCUUACCUGUGGAAUUCGUGGUAUUCACGGAAGCGAUGGCCAUUGUGGGCACGCGGUGCGUACUCCGCGAGCAUUCCUUGCAAGCGUACGACCAUGAUGGUCGAGGCUCUCUGGCGAAACUUGAAACGGCUCGUACUUCACAUGUACAACCGCCCGCCUGUUGACCUCGCUGUUCACGCGAUCAUCACGAAGGCGCUUCCACCCUAC